UUUUUUUCUGUCAGUUGCUCUUCUUGAACCAUUUCUCUUUCUCUUUUUUUCCUUCUCUGCGUCCUAACUUCAACCAAAGUCUUUCUUUCACUACCAUAAUUGAUUGAGAAAAUACUAAUAUGGGUCAGAACCAAAGUCAACUUGAACACUAUCAUAAGCACCACUACAAUGCAACCAACAGACAGAUCCAACGGCAAAACUCUUUCUCCAUGUCCACGCCCAAUCUCCUAUACCAGAACGGGCGCGAUCGUAGUAUCCAACGCUCGUCAACUUUGCAGAACAUAGUUGGUAGCAAUAACCACUCUGUUACGUCUUUACAUCACUAUCCUCAACAUCAACCCGCAAGGCGAUUCAGUACAUCAGCUGCCACAGGGAUAACUGCUGCUGCUGCAGCACUAGGUUUCGAUAAAUAUUUACUAAAAUCAGAUGAAGAUAAGACACAGCAGGGUGCACCAUUGACCGAGACUGAGACUGAAAGGGCUGAACAUCCACGGCCCUUCCUGCGUCUGAUGCCCAUUCAGACUGAACAGGUCUACUUUGAUGAGACAGAAACAGAAUCAGAACCAGAUGAGGAAGAGAACAGCGAUGAAGAUAUAAACAAUCGACAAAUCCCACGUAGGUUUACACCCUCACCCCUUCUAGACAGCAAUGCAGGUUUAAGCCGUAGUGACUCUUAUGGCUCUUCUGCGCGUGAUCGCCUCGAGUUCCAAAGAACCAAGAAAGAGGAACAGGAGGAUCUUUCCAUGCUGUCUCCUACAGCAACAACGACUAUAUCAGGUUCACUUCGCAUGGCGCAAACUACUACUGCGACAAGGCUGACGCCAAGGCUAUCGUCAACCCAUACACAAAAACAUAUGCUGGAUCACAGCAAUCCUCGAUACUAUGGAGAAGAUGAUGCUCAGGACGAUGACGGCAAAUCCUUGGAAAUCAAGCGGUACCAACUUUAUGAUCCACCCAUGUCUAAAUCAUCAGCUUCAGCAUCUGAUGAAACUAAUAUUGACAGCCAAAUCCAAAGUCUCUCCCUGUCUUCUCCUAUGAACAACUACAACACCAACAUCAAUACCAACAAUAUCAGCAAUAGCAAUACUAACAACCUACUCCUUGAAGUCAUCCAUGAGGAGGACGAGGAUUAUCUUGGAGGCCACUCCAAGAGGCCGAGUCAAAUUGAUGAUGGUAGUGACAGUGACAGUGACGACGGCAAUGACGGUAUCGAUACUGAGCAGGAUCCUGGCGCUUUCAUGGUAUUAAACCUUCAGCCACUACAGGAGAGGAAUCGGGAUCAUCAUCACAGCCAUAAUCAUAGUCGUGGAGGUACCAACGCCCAUUCUUCUCAAGAGGGGUUGGAAGAGGACUACGAUGACGACGAUGACGACGAUGACGACGAUGACGAUGAUGACGAUGAUGAUGACUACUCUUCGUACCACUCUCGAGGGUCUGCGACAAUAAGGAAAGAGAUACUCUCAAAUGCUUCACAAAAGAUGGAUGACCUAGACAGCCGUGUUCAAGAAAUGGAGACCAUGAUCACAAGCAAACUUGGCGAUAUCGAAUACAAGGUUCAAAAACUUGAUAGCGAAGAUAAUCUGGACAGGACUGAUAUUGUAGAUACUACAAGCCAGAUUCAAAUGUAUCGGCAGGCAAAUGGUUAUGAUGAUGACGACGAUAAUGAUGGUCAUCUCUUGAAUAUAACCGCUGAUAAUGCUGCACUUGUUGUCGAUAACAAUAAGGCCUCGAUCAUGGAACUUCGCCAAGAGCUUCAGUCUUUCGGCAUGCAAUAUCAUGAACUUAAUGACGGCUUAUUAACCGAUCUGAUCUCUCAACUGAGAGACACUCAAAAAUUAAUGUUUCGCAGCUCCUCUACAGAGGUUGACCAAGUUGAUCGACAUCUAGGAUCACGUGUCAACAGGAUAGAGGCCGAGAUCCAUGUCAAACUGCUCUCAGAUAUUGAGAAAAGAAUCCAAGAACGAGUUCGGGCCAUGGAGCAGACUUCUGCACGGUUGGAACAAUGCUUCAACAAGAUGGAGGGGCGUUUGGGGGCCUUGGAGACCGUACUGACUUCAAAGAGCCGUCCAUCAUCCUCAUCAUCAACAUCAAGACAAAGGCCUGAGAGCAUGUACCUCGCAUUGCAGCAUCAAUAUAAUCACCAGCAGCAACAGUACCAACAGGAACUAGACUUACAAAAGCAGGAUCAACAAGCCUUCUCAUCCCACGUUGUUGAUACUUUCUUAGACCGCAAUGCUUCUCCUGAGAGUCCAGUGCCAUUUGACAAAAACGAAAGAACUGCUAUUUCACUUUCACAGCAAGCUUCUACCCCAUCUUCAUCACUGACGAACCCCAGUAACCCCUCGAAAUCGUUGGUACAGCGUCGUCAUAGCAUCACUACCACUCGCCCGGCUAGAAUUAUCACCUCCGCUGCUAUGUUUGAUCAUUUUGGGACGCGUCCGCAUCACCAGCAACAAAAGGAGCAAACAACACCCACAAAGUGUCAUGUGGAGCCCAACAUUGCAGGAGCUUCUCCUGCUUCAAUUGUUUCGUCUCAACGGCGUGUAGAGCGCGCCAUGUCCAUGGGCAGCUUAGGCCUUCAGCAACAGCAAAAACAUCAACAACAAAGCCCUCCUAGCGCAUCUUCUACAGGAAAUCAGCGAUCGUUCACAUCCAUAGGACUAGCAGGUGGACCCGGACCCAAGUCUGCAAGUCAUGCCAUAUUAUCUAGUAGCGCAGAGAAGACAAAAGUACCAUCUCCCACCAAUUCUACUAGUAAAAACAUUCGUCGACCAUCCUCGUACAAGGAACUCCUUCAUUUCUGGAAGGCUGGAGGAAGCACGCCUGAUCUGCUCAAAAACGAGCAGCGGUCUAAUUAGACAGAGGGGGGAGAGGAAAAAGGCUAUUUCUGAAGGAAGAGAAAGAGAACAGUAGCAUCACAACACAUCUUAUAUAUUAUACAUCACAUAUUAAACUGUUUUACGCUAUUAUGUUUUUUACUUGUUCUUUAUUACUCUUCGUGUAG